GGGUUCAUCGAAGUUGAUCAGUAUACAGAAUGGCCACAAAUUCCGUGAAUUCUGAAUGUUGUCGUUGUUGCAUGGCAGUGGAAUUGGACAUGAUCCAUACAUUUAAAAUCUCACAGGAAUUUGGUGUUAGAAUAAGUAAUUUGAUAGCAAACUUUGGAGGCAUUUCGGUUUCAGAAAAUGACCACUAUUCUAAAUAUAUAUGCAUGAGGUGUAUGAACGAGUUAACAAUUGCAGUCAGAUUUCGGCAACGCUGUCUUAAAACAGAGACCGCUCUAAAGAGUAUGAACAUUUGCACAGAAGACUCACCCGCAGAAACACGGCUUAUGCAUAUCUCGAGUGUCCGGCAUUUGGUGGAAAUUCCUAAAGAACACAUUACUGUGCCCGAUUAUGUGAAUGCUAUCAAAGUCGAACACGAAAGUGUAGAACAUUCUGAUAUUGACCAAGAUGAGAAUAAAACCUCUAAAUUCGAAAGUCGCCAAGAUAAGCAAAACCUAGAUCCAAGUAAUAAUCCAUCGACGGCUCGUACAGAAAAUACACAGUAUAAGUGUGAAAUAUGUGGUGAUGGAUUCAGUAAACAAUAUGAUUUGACGUAUCAUAUGCGUAUUCAUGCUGCGGAUCGACCUUUUCGGUGUGAGAUUUGCGGGAAUCGAUAUAUUCGCAAAAGUGAACUCACGCACCAUCAACGCAGUCAUUCGAGCGAUCGGCCGCGGAAGUGUGAAAUCUGUGGCAAAGAAUUCUACAAAACAGGAAACCUAACGCAGCACAUGCGCAGCCACACUGGCGAGAGGCAGUUCAAGUGCGACAUCUGCGGUAGAGAUUUCUUUCGGAAAACCCAUUUAACAGAGCACCGGCGGCUUCAUACCGGCGAACGGCCUCACAAAUGCGAAAUUUGCGGACAGGAAUUUUCCCGAAGCACGGACUACACACACCACAUGCGCGUUCACUCUGGGGAACGGCCAUACAAAUGUGACCAUUGUGGGGCCGAGUUUUACCGAAGUAGUAGCCUGGUGUGCCACCAGAGAAUACACAAAAAACCAAAAGAUGCAACUGUCCGAGGUCGUAGGCGAAAGAAUGCUAAGAAUGUAGACACCAUUCCUAAUGGAAGCUUUACCGUGGAUGAAACUGUGUAAUGUCGGAGAUAUCCCCGAUGUUUUUUUUAUCAUACCAUAUAGAUUUACAAAGAAAAUGUGGAAUAUCUUGAAUAGAAAGAAACUCGUUGAUCUA